GCCGCCAACCUUUUAGAGCCCAUUUUACGACAAUGUGCGGCUGCGCGGUGUGGCUGACGGCAACGCCGCACUGCUCUUGGAGAGGUCACUCCGGAGACGGCGUUGGUUUUGGGGUGUAGGGGUCGCUGGCACUAUGUGGCGCGUCUGUGCUCGUCGGGCACGGAAUGCGGCCCCGAGGGCAGGAUUCGGGGCUCGGUGGACGGCCUUGCGGGAGGACCCGGGAGCUGCGUGCGUGACCCCGCGGGCUGGCCCGGCUCCGGCUCCGGCUCGUUGCAGCAGUGGGACCGCGGGCUACGGCAGGGUCCGGGCGCUAUGCGGCUGGAGCCCCAGCUCGUGGGCCACGCCGAGGAAUCGCCUCGUGCUGCAGCUUUUGGGGUCGCCUAGCCGCCGCUGGUAUAGCCUGCCCCCGCAUCAGAAGGUUCCAUUGCCCUCUCUUUCCCCCACAAUGCAGGCAGGCACCAUAGCCCGUUGGGAAAAAAAGGAAGGGGAAAAAAUCAAUGAGGGUGAACUAAUUGCAGAGGUGGAAACUGAUAAAGCCACUGUUGGAUUUGAGAGCCUGGAGGAGUGUUACAUGGCAAAGAUACUUGUGGCUGAAGGUACCAGAGAUGUUCCAGUCGGAGCAAUCAUCUGUAUCACAGUUGAAAAACCUGAGGAUAUUGAGGCCUUUAAAAAUUACACACUGGAUUCCGCGGCAGCACCUACCCCGCAAGCAGCCGCAGCACCAACCCCCGCUGCCCCUGCUUCUCCACCUGCACCUUCUGCUCAGGCUCCUGGUAGCUCGUAUCCCACUCACAUGCAGGUGGUUCUUCCUGCCCUCUCUCCCACCAUGACCAUGGGCACAGUUCAGAGAUGGGAAAAAAAAGUGGGUGAGAAGCUAAGUGAAGGAGAUUUAUUGGCAGAGAUAGAGACUGACAAGGCCACUAUAGGUUUUGAAGUACAGGAAGAGGGUUACCUGGCAAAAAUCCUGAUCCCUGAAGGCACAAGAGAUGUCCCUCUUGGAACCCCACUCUGUAUCAUUGUAGAAAAAGAGGAAGAUAUACCAGCAUUUGCUGACUAUAGGCCAACUGAAGUAACUGAUUUAAAACCACAAGCACCACCAUCUACCCCACCCCCGGUGGCUCCUGUUUCCCCAACUCCCCAGCCUGUAGCCCCCACACCUUCAGCCCCCCGCCCAGCUACUCCUGCUGGACCAAAGGGAAGGUUGUUCGUUAGUCCUCUGGCAAAGAAAUUGGCAGCGGAGAAGGGGAUUGACCUUACACAGGUGAAAGGAACGGGACCAGAAGGCAGAAUCAUCAAGAAGGAUGUCGACUCGUUUGUGCCUACUAAAGCUGUUCCUAUUCCAGCGGCUGCAGUGCCUGCCCCGGGUCCAGGAGUGGCUCCCGUUCCCACAGGUGUCUUCACAGAUGUCCCAAUCAGCAACAUCCGUCGUGUUAUUGCACAGCGGUUAAUGCAGUCUAAGCAAACCAUACCUCAUUAUUACCUUUCCAUUGAUGUAAAUAUGGGAGAAGUUUUGUUGGUACGGAAAGAACUUAAUAAGAUGUUAGAAGGGAGAAGCAAAAUUUCUGUCAAUGACUUCAUCAUAAAAGCUUCGGCUUUGGCAUGUUUAAAAGUUCCUGAAGCCAAUUCUUCUUGGCUGGACACAGUUAUAAGACAAAAUCAUGUUGUCGAUAUCAGUGUUGCAGUCAGCACUCCUGCGGGACUCAUUACACCUAUUGUAUUUAACGCACAUAUAAAAGGACUGGAAGCCAUUGCUAAUGAUGUUGUUUCUUUAGCAACCAAAGCACGAGAGGGUAAACUCCAGCCUCAUGAGUUCCAGGGUGGCACUUUCACAAUCUCCAAUUUAGGAAUGUUUGGAAUUAAGAACUUCUCUGCUAUCAUUAACCCACCUCAAGCAUGUAUUUUGGCGAUUGGUGCUUCAGAGGAUAGACUGGUUCCAGCAGAUAAUGAAAAAGGAUUUGAUGUGGCUAGCAUGAUGUCUGUUACACUCAGCUGUGACCAUCGGGUUGUGGAUGGAGCAGUCGGAGCCCAGUGGCUUGCUGAGUUUAGAAAGUACCUUGAAAAACCUAUCACCAUGUUGUUAUAAUUAACCCAAGAAUUUCUAGACUCUUCCAGGUUCAUGGUGGUUCAUUCUUAUCAAGAUACAAAUAUAUUAUUAUGCAAGUGGUUCUUUUUAUUUUGAAGUUAAUCAGUUAUUUUUGAGUCUGUCCAGAUAAGUUAUUUGUAAUGGGCAUUACCGAAUUUUUUAAAAUGCCAAUUACACCUACAUAUUGUACACAUUUAAUAAACACCAGAUUUUGAGCUACGUAUUCCUAAUCAAGAGAACAUGAGGCCUGGCCCUUUGGUGAUAAGUACUUCCACUGGGAAAUGCAGAGGUAGAAUUGUCGUUCCCUACUGAAACAGAUACAUAAAAGUAUUCUGGAUGAAACGUUGAGGUUUUGAAAUUUAAUUGCCUCAGAUGUUUUGCUUAGAUUUGAGGGAAAGAGAAGUCAAGGAAAGAGAGAAGUCCAUUCUCUUGGAGAAAGGGUUUGGAUUAAAGCUUGAUUUUGGAAUAUAA